CCAUUUGCAGCACUGCUCCGGUGUUCCGGUUACAGCUCAGCGUUGGAUAAGCGAUCGUCAUCAACCGUUAUCGGAGGAACCGUUGGUAUUGAGGAGAUCAGUCGUUUCGAUUUGGACCUCGCCAGAUCGCCAAGAUGACUGCCAUACCCGGGACGGUAGCGUUCGACGAGUAUGGCCGGCCCUUCAUCAUAAUACGUAACCAGGAGAAGCAGCAACGCCUUACCGGUCACGACGCUAUCAAGUCGCAUAUUCUGGCAGCACGCAAUGUGGCUAACAUCCUUAGAACAUCCUUGGGGCCUAAAGGAUUGGAUAAGUUAAUGGUUAGCUCUGAUGGAGAUAUUACUGUUACUAAUGACGGUGCAACAAUCUUGAAGAAUAUGGACGUAGAUCAUGAAAUUGCCAAGCUGAUGGUCCAACUGUCCAAUUCUCAAGAUGAUGAGAUUGGUGAUGGUACCACUGGAGUAGUUGUAUUGGCCGGUGCACUUCUGGAACAAGCCGAACAGCUAUUGGACAAGGGAAUUCAUCCGAUCAGAAUCGCCGACGGUUUUGAAUUAGCAGCCAAAUGUUCUACCGAGCAUUUGAAGACGAUAACGGACGACUUUAAGGGAACCCCAGAAAAUUUGGAACCUUACAUCGACAUAGCUAUGACUUCAUUAGGUUCAAAAAUUAUUAACAAGCAUCACAGACAAAUGGCAGAAAUAGCAGUACAAGCUGUAUUAGCAGUCAUGGAUCCUGUCACUCGCGAUGUUAAUUUCGAGUUAAUCAAGAUUGAAGGAAAGGUCGGUGGUAGACUCGAAGAUACCGUUUUGGUACGUGGCGUCGUCGUCGAUAAAGACUUCAGUCAUCCACAAAUGCCGAAGAGGUUAGAAAACGUCAAACUAGCCAUCUUAACUUGUCCGUUCGAACCGCCAAAACCUAAAACAAAACAUAAGUUGGACGUUACAUCUGUUGACGAUUAUAGAGCUUUGCGCGAUUAUGAGCGCGAAAAGUUCACGGAAAUGGUGAAGCAGGUCAAAGAUGCCGGUACGACAUUGGCUAUUUGUCAAUGGGGCUUUGAUGACGAAGCUAACCAUCUCUUGCUGCAGAAUAAUUUGCCCGCGGUUAGAUGGGUUGGCGGCCCAGAGAUCGAACUCAUCGCUAUUGCGACCGGUGGACGCAUUGUACCUCGCUUCGAAGAACUAACGCCAGAGAAACUUGGUCAUGCUGGUGUCGUCAGAGAGUUAACGUUUGGCACAACAAAGGAUCGAAUGCUAGUCAUUGAAGAAUGCAAGAAUUCCCGCGCUGUAACAAUCUUUAUUCGCGGUGGCAACAAAAUGAUCAUCGAAGAGGCAAAACGAUCGAUACACGAUGCAUUGUGCACCGUACGCAACGUAGUAAAAGACAGCAGGAUUCUUUACGGCGGAGGUGCGGCGGAAAUAUCUUGCGCGCUGGCGUGCAUGGCACAGGCUGAUAAAAUCAGCACUCUGGAACAAUAUGCCUUCCGUGCCUUCGCUGAAGCUUUGGAAAGUGUUCCAAUGGCACUCGCAGAAAAUUCUGGCCUCUCACCAGUAGAUACUAUCGCGGAAAUUAAAGCGCGUCAAUUAGCCGAGAAAAAUCCAGCUCUCGGUAUCGAUUGUUUAAAUCGAGGCACAGCGAAUAUGAAGAGACAAAAUGUCAUCGAGACGCUAACGAGCAAAACACAACAAAUUUUGUUGGCUACGCAGCUGGUUAAGAUGAUUCUUAAAAUUGACGAUAUACGGUCGCCUAAUGAAACCUAAAGAUUAAGUUUAUUUAUAAUUAUUAUGUGUUUUAUUAUCAAAUAUACUUUAUACUAAUUGAUAUUGUUUCAUGCUGCAUUUAUUUUUACAAUUGUCUCAUCGCAAUUUCUGUUUAAAUUGAAAAUUGUUUUGUAUCAUCUUGCUAUCCACUCAUAAUUUAAACAAUGUAUUAUUGUAAUACAAUAUCAUCUCACAGCAUGACAAUUAUUAAAUGAUACCUGAUUUACAGGCA